GCCCGCAGAAAAGCCAAGGCCCCAGCCGGAGAAGGCACACAGACGCAGAGCAGGUGCGUGCCAGCCCACCACCACCACCACCACCACGAGAACCGCCCCUCUCCCUCCCUCCCUCCCUCCGGCGGACCCUGAGACUCACGAGCGCGGGCGCGGGCGCGGGCGGGGCGGGGCGGGGCGGGGCGCGAGGGGAUGGAGUCCAUGGAGCCCAUGGACAUCGACUGGAACAGGGUGGUGUCGCGCUUCGUGCGGGACGACACCUACGAGGGCAUCGAGGCGCCGCACUGGGCCGACCUCGCCGACCCCGAGGCCGGAAACGCCGCCGUCGACGACGACGCCUGGUUCUGCCGCCCCGAUUGCAAGCAUCCCAAGACGGCCGACGACUUCCUCCGGCAGACCCCCAGCCCCAAGGCCAGGCUGCUGCGAUCAAUGUCCGCCAUGAUGCCCUUCGGCGAGAGGGACGCCAAUAACAACCUCAAGAGACGAGGCGCCGGCGGGACUGCCGCAUUCGCCUCGCCCACCAAGCCCAAGCCGCCGCCCAAGAAGAGGUUCCAGGACGACGCCGAGAACCAGGACCCCGCGCUGACCACGCCGCCCCCGGCGGCAACCAGGCCGCCGUUCGGCGCGCAGCGCUGGGCCAAGAACGCCAAGGAGGCCAUCAAGUCCAGCGCGGAGAAGCGGCCGGACAAUGCUGAGAAGGAGGCGCUGCUCGGCAGGAACCCGGCGCCGAGGCAGCUCAAGAGCACCCUCUCGGCGAGGAACCUCUUCUCCGGGAAGGACAUACUUGGCCAGAUAUCGGAUUUCUACAACGAGCUCAAGCGGAUGGCCGGCGGUGGCGGCAGCCAGCAGCCUGUCUCAGAGGACAUGGAGGAAAUGAGCCCAAUAAACAGCAGUGUUGUGGUGGAGAAGGUGGAUUGUAGCAGCGGCGGCGGUGCUCGGGUUCUGCCGGACGCUGUGAAGAAGGUGGCGAGGCAAGAAACAGCACAAAAGAGUCCAAGCCCAAUGAAGGGGAAGAAGGCGGGGUUGAAGGUGGAAGCAGGGAGGCAGAGAUCGCCCUCUGUGUUGAAGGAGGUGAAGGGGCAGAGAUCGCCCUCUGUGUUGAAGGAGGUGAAGGCAACACCACCUACUCCGCAGCGGUUUCCAUCCCCCUCGGUAAACCGUGUCAAGAGCGUGAAAGCUGCAGGUGCAACAUCAAGCUCGCCACUCAAGAAGACACUGAAGGAUAAGAUGACGCCUAAUAAGGAUCAGGAGAACAGCAGAGAAGCUAAGAGGCAACCUUUUGGGGUUAAAGAUAUGAACAACAACAGGGCUUAUGAGGCCGAAGAGAGCUCCAGUGGCGUGUUUUGGUUCUUGAAGCCGUGCACUUUCCUGGUGGAGUAGCAGCAAAAUAAUCAGAAGCUUUAAAGCUACUGCAAUUCAUGUAGCUAGGAUCGAUUCUUUGUUUCAGUUUGAAAUACCCCCAGUUCCUCCUAUUUGAUUUAUUCAUCUGAUGGGCAUUCUGUCAGGCAAAUAAAUAGAAAGCAUAUGUAUAGUUUACCAGUCAAGCCAUACAAGUCGAGAUAUUUAUAAUACCAUGAGUAGAACUCAUGAUAUAGAGAGAUGUUACUGCUCUUCUGCUAAUUGGCUGUUUGAGCAAAUGUACUGCAAAUGAUGUUAUUGUUCAAGAUAUAGAGAAAUAUUAUUGUUCUUCUU